ACAUGACUUGUUAUAAACCUAUGAAGGCUAACUCUUCAAUUUUUUUUUAUUUUUUUUUUAAAUGUACGUAGUAUAAGGUACGGGUUAAUAACUAGCUUUGAAACUCGUGCGAUGCACAAGUUAAAAGAUUAAAAAGAUCAAUAUGAAGUUCUUUGCACAGUUGCUAUUGCAAAUGGCAGUAGCAGAACAAGUUGCUUGUAAUGUGCCAGAAAAAUUCAAUUUGUUUCUGGUGAGACUUCUUCUUAACUCAGUUAAUUUCAUCCCAUUCUUUGCUUAUUCCUAAAUUCUGAUUUCUGAUUUCAGAUUUCUUCAUCAUCUUUUUUUAUUCUUUUUUGGAAGAUGGUGAUUUGGGAUUUCAUUUUUGUUUUAAAGAGCUUUAUUGCCAACUGACUGAAUAAUGGAGAUACCCACUUGGGAAAUUUUGAUUUUUCCCCUUUUUCCCUGCAUUUGUACUUUUGCUGAAGAAUAUCAUGAUGUAGGCGGAGCAAUAAUUGAGGGUUUAUCUUUGCAAUCGUCACAGAAUCUGAAUUCUUUGUUGCGGUAAAAAGCUAACACUAUUGGGAAGUGAGGAUAUGGGGAGUGAUAUUGAAUUGAAAGAGUCUAUUGGAAGAGAAGGAUUUGAAGAACAAAACAAGGUUCAAGAUGAAAUAAAGAGAGUGCCACCUUGGCAAAAACAGAUUACUAUAAGAGGAAUUAUUGCCAGUAUAUUGAUUGGGGUGAUUUACAGUGUGAUAGUGAUGAAGCUUAAUCUCACAACUGGUCUUAUUCCUAAUCUUAAUGUCUCGGCUGCUCUUCUUGCUUUCGUUUUCCUUCGGAGUUGGACUAGUUUGCUUCAGAAACUUGGGGUUAUGACCACUCCUUUCACUAGACAGGAGAAUACCGUUGUUCAAACUUGUGCAGUUGCUUGUUAUAGUAUUGCUGUUGGAGGUGGGUUUGGCUCGUACCUGUUGGGUCUGAACAGGAAGACAUACGAGCAAGCUGGGAUUGAUACACAGGGAAACACAUCCAAUAGCUUUAAGGAGCCAGGAGUUGGUUGGAUGACUGGAUUUCUUUUUGUUAGCAGCUUUGUUGGGUUGCUGGCUUUGGUUCCGCUAAGAAAGAUCAUGAUAAUAGACUACAAGUUACAAUAUCCAAGUGGAACUGCCACAGCAAAUCUAAUCAAUGGUUUCCAUGCCGGUAAAGGAGAACACAAACCCAGGGUGGAAGUCCAUGGCUUUGUGAAAUAUCUCUUCAUUAGUUUCCUAUGGAGUUUCGUCCAGUGGUUCUAUUCUGGUGGAAACCAAUCUGGCUUUCCUCAGUUUCCAACAUUUGGGUUCAAAGCAUGGGAAAACUCGUUUUACUUUGAUUUCAGUAUGACCUAUAUUGGAGCUGGAAUGAUAUGUUCUCACCUAGUAAAUCUGUCAUUGCUUCUUGGUGCUGUUCUAUCGUGGGGAGUGAUGUGGCCACUCAUUGGUGACAUGAAAGGAACAUGGUACCUCUCAUCUUUGCCAGAAAGUAGCAUGAAGAGCCUAAAUGGAUACAAAGUUUUUAUUUCGAUUGCCCUAAUUUUAGGUGAUGGGCUUUACAAUUUUUUCAAGACACUGUUCUUCAUCACCCGAAGCAUCCAUGAUCGCUUGAAGGACAAAAAUCUUAGCUCAUGUCCAGAUAAUGAAAAACAGGCGCUAGAGGAUCUUCUAAGAAAUGAGGUCUUCAUGAGAGAGGGAAUUCCUGUGUGGCUUGCAUUAUUUGGCUACACAUUAUUCUCCAUAAUCUCUAUUAUCGUGAUACCUGUAAUGUUCCCGGAGUUGAAGUGGUACUAUGUUGUUGUUGCCUACAUGCUAGCUCCUUCUCUCAGUUUUUGCAAUGCCUAUGGUGCUGGUUUAACAGAUAUGAACAUGGCCUAUAAUUAUGGAAAAGUUGCACUUUUCAUGCUUGCUGCUCUAGCGGGUGAAAAUACUGGUGUUGUUGCAGGGCUUGUGGGCUGUGGCCUAAUCAAGUCCAUUGUUUCCAUUUCCUCUGAUCUAAUGCAUGAUUUCAAGACUGGCCACCUUACCCUCACAUCCCCUAGGUCUAUGCUUCUUAGCCAGGCUAUUGGGACUGCAAUUGGGUGUGUGGUUGCUCCACUCACAUUUUUCCUGUUUUACAGUGUGUUUGAUGUUGGUAACCCCGAUGGAGAGUACAAGGCUCCAUAUGCCCUUAUCUAUCGGAACAUGGCUAUUCUCGGAGUGCAAGGCUUUUCAGCUUUACCUCAACACUGCCUGCAACUAUGUUAUGCAUUUUUUGGGUUUGCUGUGAUGACCAACUUGGUGAGGGAUACCUCUCCUAAAAAGAUCGGGAAGUGGGUACCACUACCAAUGGCAAUGGCUGUGCCUUUCCUCGUAGGAACUUAUUUUGCCAUCAACAUGUGUGUUGGGAGCUUGGUGGUACUUGUGUUGCAAAGGUUAAACAGCCAGAAAGCAGUUUUGAUGGUUCCUGCAGUGGCUUCAGGACUGAUAUGCGGAGAUGGGCUGUGGAUACUUCCAUCAUCGAUAUUUGCCUUGGCAAAGCAUAAGCCUCCCACCUGAUGAUGGUAGAAGCAGGUGAAGGAAUAGAUUGAUAGUAGGCAAAGCUUUUAGAGAAAGAUACUUGAUUUAUGAUUCUAAAGGCGAAUCAGUCUAUACAACACCAACUACAUAGAAGUGAGAGGCAAAAAUAAAUACAAGCGAUACGAUAGUGCUUUGAUAGAAAUCAUAGAAUUGACUGUUGAUUUUAUGUUCUAAUCUCAUACAAGUAGCUAAGUUGCUAUGAAGCCUUUAUUUUCUGUAGACUUGUGAAUAAUUUGCUAGUUCUCUGUUUGUAGUACAGGGUAUUAGCUUGUUUAUUAGAUGUUAGAUGAUUGGAUUUGGACUGAAUUAAUUGUCUCAAAUUAGUCCAAAUGCAUAUUAUACUUUGGGUAAGGCAAUAUUCUGUAUAUAAUACUAUGUAUAUGUAUAUAUUGUCAAGAGUACGUCUAAAGUAAUGUUCUCUUCACCUAAA